UUCUUCCUUGGUUUUGGAUACAUACCAUAUCAUAUCCAGACCAUUGCAAGUCCCCCCCCACACCACCACCACCCACAAAAAUCCACAGAUUUCUCCCCUUUUCUCAUGGCAUCAUCAUCAUCUCCAAGCUCUGUAAAGAAAGAUUGCUGCUGCUGAAAGCAGACGCUGUGAAUCCUUAUUUGUACCACAAAUUAAGACUAUGUAUGGGGCUUUUGUUGCCCAAAUGUUGUGGGCAUGGUGGUGCUCAUCUUGUGGCUGCAAUGUUGCUUGCGUAGCUCGGGGGGAGUCGAGACUGUGGAUGUGGGAGCGGCCAAAAGCCUCGUGGGUUCUGGCCAUCUCUACUUAGAUGUCAGGACAAUUGAGGAAUUCAACAAGGGCCAUCCAGAGAAUGCGCUUAACGUGCCUUACAUGUUCUUCACCCCACAAGGGAGGGAGACAAACCCUCAGUUUCUGGAGCAGGUCUCCUCCAUUUGCAGCAAAGAUGACUUCAUAGUGGUGGGUUGUCAAAGUGGAGUGAGAUCUCACCAUGCAUGUGUGGAUCUUCUAAAUGCUGGAUUCAAGAACGUAAAGAACAUGGGAGGGGGUUAUGGUGCGUGGGUUGAUAACGGAUUUGCCGUAAAGAAACCACAACAAGAACUCUAGUUCGGCCCCAGCACUAAUUACAUGAGGGUCUACUCAUAUAAUACUCAAAAUUUACUUGUUUGCUUUGUUGUUACUUGUUAUAUAUAUUAUUUAUUUGAUCUGGUUAGCACCAAUUUCGAAAUCUUAUUUUCACCAUCCUAUUUGUUAAAUAUAUUUCUCAUCUUGUUUCCUAUCAAAUCGAACCUGUAUGUAAAAUAGUAUCAGAGUCAAUCUUAAGAUCCUGCUAUUCUAUGGUGUUAAAUA